AUGGAAGAGAGUUUCACUGCACAAGGAAAGGCUUCAACUACUACUUUUAAUGUAAUAGACUAUGGUGCUAAAGGUGAUGGAACUACGGAUGACACAAAGGCAUUUGAAGCAGCAUGGGCAUCUGCUUGCAAAGUGGAGGCAUCAACAAUGGUGGUUCCAUCAGGGUCUGUCUACCUAGUCAAGCCCAUCUCUUUCUCAGGACCCAACUGUGGAUCAAACAUCAUAUUUCAGGUGGAUGGCAAAAUUAUUGCUCCUACAAGCCCUGGGGCUUGGGGUUCGGGUCUACUUCAAUGGCUCGAAUUUACGAAGCUUACAGGGAUUACAGUCAAGGGCAAAGGUGUUAUUGACGGGCAAGGCUCAGUCUGGUGGAGUGACUCAUCCACAGAAAAUCCAACAGAAGAAUCAGAAUCAGUCUCUCCACUCAAAGAUUCAACUUAUGAGAGCUCGCCGGCUCUGGUAAGUAGUGAGGCCACAGGGAAAAUGCCCAGCACCAAGCCAACAGCAAUCAGGUUCUAUGGGAGUUCUGACGUGACAGUGACUGGCAUAACAAUUCAAAACAGUCCUCAGACUCAUCUCAAGUUCGACGACUGCACAGCUGUUCAGGUUUUUGGCAUGACAGUUUCAUCCCCAAGUGACAGUCCUAACACCGAUGGAAUCCACCUUCAGAACUCCCAAGAUGUGGUAAUCCACAACACUAAUGUUGCUUGCGGAGAUGAUUGUGUCUCCAUACAAACUGGGUGCUCUGGCAUAUUUAUUCACAACAUGAAUUGUGGACCUGGGCAUGGGAUCAGCAUUGGAGGGCUAGGAAGGGGAAACACCAGGGCCUGCGUCUCAAACGUCACCAUCCGAGACACCACAAUGCACAAUACAUUGACUGGUGUAAGAAUAAAGACAUGGCAGGGUGGCUCAGGGUUAGUGCAAGGAGUCAUGUUCUCCAACAUUCAAGUUUCAGAAGUUGAAAUCCCUAUCAUGAUUGAUCAGUUCUACUGUGAUGGGAGCAAAUGCCAGAACAAGACUUCAGCUGUGGCUGUGUCGGGCAUAUCCUAUCAAAAUAUAAGAGGAACCUAUACACUGAAACCUGUUCACUUUGCAUGCAGCGACAGCUUGCCAUGCACAGGUGUAACAUUAAACACCAUAAAUCUAACACCAAUACAGGAAAAGAACCACUUGUAUGAACCCUUUUGCUGGCAGACUUAUGGAGAAUUGCAAACAACCACCACACCUCCAAUAAAUUGUUUGCAAAUUGGCAAGCCAUCAAACAACCAAGUUCAGAACAGUAAUGGUUCCUGCUGA